CUGCUCUAUAUAAUCUAUGAUUCUUCUAAGAUCUGAGCAUAGACCCCCUCCAUGUGCUCAAUAAGUAUCUGUAGGCUGACAGAUUCCUUGGAUACCUUGAAGAUACUGUGGUAAGAAUAAAGGUAGAAGGGAAUUUGAGGGGUCAUCUUGGCCACUGUGUGUCCCUUUCCCCCUGGACUGCCAUGUUGUUCUGUGUAUUUUCAUGCAUUUCUUGAGGUGGUUCUACCACAUCCUUAAGCAUUUUUAACUUAUCACUUCACCCCCUACUUUUUCACAGUAAGUGUUUUAAUCUGACUUCCUUUGGUGUCACUUCACUCUUUGUUCUGGUUUCAUGAGCAGAGAUGGAGAAUAGAGAGACAAAAAGAAGAUGGUGAGAGCAGAUGCUUUGACUUUGGAGAUUGUUACUGGGACAAAGUCUUCAAUUGCUUAUGAGCCAUCUCAGCAGUGUCUUUGGGUCCUCGCCUGUCCUGUGAACACCAAGAGAGCAGAAUAUGGCUUUGUUUUUACAUACCACUCAAUCACCAGUGACUUGCAUAUGACCUGGCACAUGGUAGAUAUUAAGUAAAUAAAUACUUGUUAAAUAAUAACAAGCCCAGGAUUUGAGCAAUGGAGGGUUUAUCAUUUGGGUUUUAUGCCACAGAGAAUUGUGCCUUAAUUUAAGAAAACCUUGUCAGUAAAAUCAGAGACCAAAACCCAGAUAAGUUAUUAGAUUAUUUUUUACAAUAUUUAUGCCAUACUUCCUUCAAAUAGCUACUUCAGUUCUUUGAAAAUGUGAUUUAGGUGUUUAGAAACAUUGCUUUACACAAACAUGUUGGUGAACUUAUCUCUUAGGAAGGGAAUUAUCUGAGAAUCAUGUUUUCUGAAUUUAUAUUUAUCCUACCUAGUUUGGGGUCAUAUUUUGAAAUGGAGGACUAGCUUAAUUAUAAGUAUAAAGGAAAUUGCUAAACAUCAGGGAAAUUACACAAUACUUUCUUGUCCGAAAACAACACUUACUCACAAAAAGCAGUAUAUCUUCUUGCCAGGAAGUUUAAUAAGCUUUCUGAAAAGUCUUGGUAAAAAAGAACAUCUGAAAAGAUUAGUGGACAUGUUUUGGAAUGUUGUUUUAUUAAGUCUUCUUUCUUAAUCCCCCAAAGAAAAAGAAUAGCUUGUUUAAACUUUCUUUGUGUGACCUACAGAGUAUGAAUCAACAUAUAUUUUUUAAGGUCCUAUAAUUCUAUGGAGGAUGAGAGGACACACAGGGAAUCCCCACCAUCCGUGAGUUUGAAUUUUAGUUGGGGAAGCCAGGAACAUUUAUACCAAAAAAGACAUUACUCUCAUACAUAAACACACAUAAAUAGAAUAAAGGAAGAAGGUGGAAGAAAGUAUUCUGAAAUACUAAUAACCAUUUUCUCUCAACUGACAACUAGGAGUGAUCUUUGUAUAUUUCUGAAUUUUCUUCCAUGAACAUGUAUUACUGGUAAAAUUUUUAGAAAUUAUCUUAAAAAGAAACUGCUUAACACUGCAGUGAGUACGUAAUGAGAGGUAUGAAUAGAAAGGGCUAGAAUAAUCCAGGGCAGCUUGAACUCACUUGGGCCUGCAUUGUGAGGAUACACAGAAGAGUUGGGGCCUGUGUGAGGUCGUAAAGACUAGAAGGACCGUAAUAGUCAUGGUAUCUUGAACGUAUAUGUUACCUCUGCAUCAGACUGGUCGCCUCCUCAGUGAACAUCCUCCCUUUCUUUGUUGGAAGAAUCUCAGUUUUGUUUCCAGAUAUCAGGGAUUGUUUAGUUCACGGUUGGACAUGUGACCCAGUCUUGGCCAAUGUGAUGGUAAAGGGAAGUGGGCUCAGGUGCUUCUGAGAACAUUUUUUAGGACACUGAAAGAGAUGACCCUUUAUUACCUGUGGACUUGAUCUGGUCUGGUAUAAUAGCUGGAGCUGCAGCAUGAGGGAAACCUCUUUCUAAUCAUAAAAAGAACCACUCAGACUCCAGACAGUGGAAUGUAGAGGUCAAAGGAACCAGAGUCAUGAACACCAUUAUUCUGUGCCUUGGGCAAACUAGUUUUUAUUCUCCACUUAUAAAUUUUAUGAUUGAACGAACUUUCUUAUUGCCUAAAACCUUUUUCGAUUGGGCCAAAAGCAUUGUCACUGAUAUAUCAGUUCUACAAUUUGCUGUCCUGUGCAUGUCUCAUAUUGACUGUAAUCUGAACAACUCUGUGAAGUGUAUAAGACAACCUAUUCAUCAGGGUUCUCUGGAGAAACAGAACCCACAGGGUGUGUGUGCGCAUGCGCGUACAUGUGUGCAUGUACAUAGAUUGAUUGAUUGUAAGGAACUGGCUCAUGGGAUUAUGGAGGUCUAGUGAGCCCAAGAUCUGAUGGGAAAGGCCGCUGGCUGGCUCAGGACAUAGUUGCAUUUUGUGUCCAAAGGCAGUCUAGUCUGAUGGCAGAAUUUCUUCUUGCUUGGCAGGCAGGGAUAAGGGGGUUGGGAGACGUGGGAGGUGGGUCAGGCUUUGUUCUUUUAGGACCUUCAGCUGAUCGGACGAGACCCACCAACGCUAUGCCUUACUCAGAAUCCACCAAUAUAACUGAUUACACCCAAAAAACACUUUCACACAAACCUCCAGAACAAUAUUUGACCAUGGUCCAGCCAAGUUGACACAUAAAAUUGACAAUAAUUAUUCCCAUAUACUGAUGACGAAAGUUAAGAGGUUACACUUGCCUAAGUGUUCAAAUCCAGGUUUACUAAGUUUAAACCUUCCUGUGAAUGAAGAGACAUGGUGGUUAUGCUCCAUCGGUUUUGGAUUUAAUGCUUGCUCUAUGCCAAGCGGCAUCCUAGAAGUCCAGGAUCCAAAGUGUGGAGGAGGGGGAGGAAGAGACAGCCAGUAAAGCAUGAGAAUGUGCGCAGUAUCUGGCUAAAGAAUCUUCUACUGGCUUUAGUGGAUGUUGCUCUUGGUGGUUGGUGAAUCAAAAAGUUAAGUUGGGACCAGAUUGUGGGGACCUGGGAAUUCAAGGCUAAAGAGUUAAUUCUUCUCUAAAGUUCAUUUUUGCUUUAUUUAUGUAGACAAAUACUUAGAAACCAUACCCAUCAUAAUGACAAAAAUAAUCUCUAUUUUAGAGAGAGGUAGUUCUGUGAUUGGAUACAGUGGACAAGAAGGAGUUUAGCUUUAUCCAUAUGUGCUUUUUUAAAAUGACUGUAAAACAUGUUUAUGUUAAUUAUGAUUUGGAAUAAAAUUCUUUUUUAAUUUAUUUUUGAGAGAGAAUGAGAGAGAGCACAAGCAGGGAAGGGGCAGAGAGAGAGGGAGACCCAAAAUCUGAAGCAGGCUCCAGGCUCUGAGCUGUCAGCGUGGAGCCUGAUGCAGGGCUCGAACUCAUGAACCGUGAGAUCAUGACCUGAGCCGAAGUCGAAUACUUAACUGACUGAGCCACCCAGGCAACCCCUGGUUGGAAUAGAAUUCUAAUUGAUCAUUCUUUAUAUAGUGGGAAAGCUGUGCUGUGGAUGACAAUGUUCUAGAAUCCUAUAGGACAGAAAAAAAAAAUUUUAAAGCCUUUCAUCUUGGUGACAGGUUCUAAUUUGUCACAUACAAUUUUAUAUAUAGUCUACCGUAGAACUUGAAGUAAAGGAGAUCCAAAAAACCAUCAAGAACAUCUCUUUUUAGAUGUGGAUAAUGUAGCAUUAUCCACACCUCAAAAGAAAUUUAUCGUUUUAUGCAUUACUUAGUUCAAAUCAAACUUGUCUAUGACAUCUGGGCCCCAUAUGGUUGAUUAAUUAAAGCAGAGAUCCUGAAUGGGGAUAGUUUGAUAUUCUGUUCAAAGACUGAUCUCCCUUAGGACUAAGACAGGAAAAUCCUGACAUUUUGAUUUCUCUGUGUACAGGGACCUUUAGCAUGAGAACAAUAAACAGCCUUUUGUAGCUUCUUAAUGAGACAUGUAGCAUGUUAUAUUGACAAUGGGAGCUUGCCUAAAACUGUUCUCCCUCCCUAAUCACUAAUAAAACGAGUGCAUUCUUUUUCUUUAUUCUGUUCGGCCACGUCUGCAGCCUUAGUUUUUCCCAGUAUUAAGCACACCCCCCCCCCCAAGGGUGUGGAAACAGCACCCCUUGGUAUGCUUAGCCUUGAGUCUCUAGGGAUAUCCCCACACAGCCAUGGACAGCCCCAGGUUACCAGGUCAGCCAAAAAGUAAGUUGAGUGUUUUGCACAUGAGUACACGACACCCGUGGACCAAGUGAUGUGUGAUAGUCUCCAGAAAGGGAUGCUGAGUGCUUUCUACUGAGGUUAGUGCACCAAGAGGGUGGCAGAUGGGCCACUUGUCCUGAGAACACCUCCUUCAAGGAGACAGAACAGUGGGGAUGCCCAGGAGAUUGGAGGUGGGAGCCGCACGGCCUCAUGACAACCUGCCCUGUAACAAUUUAUGGGAAAUAGAGCAGAAAAGAAUACUUGGUUGCUUUUUCUCUUUCUUUCUGUCUUCUUUUAUUCCUUUCUGUGUAAUAUUGUCCAAGUAAAAAUGAAAUCUUGGGCCGUUGAACAGCUGGAAGUUGCUGUAAAUUAUGAUGCUAUUUGAAAAUGUAUGGAAAUACACUGAAACAGUACUUUUCACCACAUUGGCACCUUCUGCUGCUGUUUAUGAAAUUCCUUUAGAAUGUGUUUAAUUUUUUCUUUGUCUGAAAUGCCUUUAUCUGAAUGAAAAGGUGCCUUAAAGGCUUAAGAUUUGCUAAUGUACUUCUCAAUUUAAUCUGAACAAAAUAUACUUUUUAUAUAUAGAAGUCUGACUUGAGUUUUUAAAUUUUUUAAGUUUUAUUUAUUUACUUAGAGCAUGAGCAGGGGAGGGGCAGAGAGAGGGGGAGAGAGAGAAUUCUAAGCAGGCUGUGCACUGUUAGUGCAGAGCCUAAUGUGGGGCUCGAACUCCCAAACCGUGAGAUCAUGCAUGACCUGAGCUGAAGCCAGACGCCUAACCUACUGAGGUGCCCCGAGUUUUUACCAAGAAUUCUUGCUCGGGAGGAAGUAUAUUCCACAGCAAGAAGGACAUGUGCCAAUCUCAAGACUGGUUUCAGGCUCCUGCUGCGACCAUGUCAAGUAGAACACUGAUGCUUGACCUCUGCUCAGGGCAGCACAGAGUUGUUGGGCAGAAGUUAUAGAAGGUAUUUGUAAUGUGUUUUUUUUUUUUUUGUUCCAGAAGAGCUUUCGGGGAUUUGCAAAAAUCCAUAAAAUACAAGAGAACAAAGACAUGAAAUGGAAGUCCUGGAAGAAAGGCUGAAAAAAGGCAUAAAAGGGAGCUAGAGAGGAGUUGAGAAAAGGACACCAGCACAGCUCAGAAUGCUUAGCUAACUAGCAGGCCCCAGGCUUCGCAGGAAGAAAUCCGAGCUCAGCUGGUAGAACAGCAAAAAUGCCUGGAGCAGCAAACAGAGAUGCGGGUUCAGCUUCUCCAGGACCUGCAGGAUUUCUUCCGGAAAAAAGCUGAAAUUGAGACGGAAUAUUCCCGGAACUUAGAGAAGUUAGCUGAAAGGUUCAUGGCAAAAACAAGAAGCACCAAGGAUCAUCAGCAGUACAAGAAAGACCAGAACUUGUUGUCUCCAGUGAACUGCUGGUAUUUGCUUCUGAACCAAGUGAGAAGAGAAAGCAAGGACCAUGCCACUCUGAGUGACAUCUAUCUGAACAACGUGAUUAUGCGAUUCAUGCAAAUAAGUGAGGAUUCCACCAGGAUGUUUAAAAAGAGCAAAGAGAUUGCAUUCCAGCUUCAUGAGGAUUUGAUGAAGGUUCUUAAUGAACUCUAUACGGUGAUGAAAACAUACCAUAUGUAUCAUGCAGAGAGCAUCAGUGCAGAGAGCAAACUGAAAGAGGCUGAGAAACAAGAAGAAAAGCAAAUUGGAAGAUCCGGUGACCCGGUCUUUCAUAUUAGACUGGAAGAGAGACAUCAGCGGCGAAGCUCUGUAAAGAAAAUUGAGAAAAUGAAAGAAAAAAGACAAGCAAAGUAUUCGGAAAAUAAGCUAAAAUCAAUUAAGGCACGGAAUGAGUAUCUCUUAACCCUUGAAGCAACCAAUGCCUCGGUUUUCAAGUAUUAUAUUCAUGAUCUUUCAGAUUUAAUUGACUGCUGUGAUCUUGGCUACCAUGCAAGUCUGAACAGAGCCCUGAGAACAUACCUCUCUGCAGAGUAUAAUCUUGAAACUUCCAGACAUGAAGGCUUAGACAUUAUUGAGAAUGCAGUUGACAGUUUGGAGCCCCGGAGUGAUAAACAGAGAUUCAUGGAGAUGUACCCUGCAGCAUUCUGUCCACCGAUGAAGUUUGAGUUUCAGUCUCACAUGGGUGAUGAGGUGUGUCAGGUCAGCGCUCAGCAACCAGUCCAGGCAGAGCUCAUGCUCAGGUACCAGCAGCUGCAGUCCCGGCUGGCCACGCUGAAAAUCGAGAAUGAGGAGGUUAAGAAAACAACUGAAGCCACCUUGCAGACCAUACAAGAUAUGGUCACCAUUGAGGACUAUGAUGUUUCUGAAUGCUUCCAGCACAGUCGGUCCACAGAGUCUGUGAAGUCUACUGUCUCUGAGACCUACCUGAGUAAGCCCAGUAUCGCCAAGAGAAGAGCAAACCAGCAGGAGACUGAGCAGUUCUACUUCAUGAAACUCCGGGAGUAUUUGGAAGGUAGUAAUCUCAUCACAAAACUUCAAGCCAAACAUGACUUGUUGCAGAGGACCCUUGGAGAAGGUCAUAAAGCUGAAUAUAUGACUACAAGGCCUCCAAAUGUUCCCCCUAAGCCCCAGAAACACAGGAAGUCCAGACCCCGCUCACAGUAUAAUGCUAAGUUGUUUAAUGGGGAUUUGGAAACAUUCGUCAAGGACUCAGGACAGAUUAUCCCCCUCAUUGUGGAAAGCUGUAUUCGGUUCAUCAAUCUCUAUGGUCUUCAGCAUCAGGGGAUUUUCAGAGUGUCUGGUUCCCAGGUGGAAGUCAAUGAUAUUAAAAAUUCAUUUGAGAGAGGUGAAAACCCUUUGGCUGAUGACCAGAGUAACCAUGAUAUUAACUCCGUUGCUGGCGUUCUAAAGCUGUAUUUCCGUGGGCUGGAAAACCCCCUCUUUCCUAAGGAAAGAUUCAACGAUCUGAUUUCUUGUAUCAGAAUAGAUAAUCUCUAUGAGAGGGCGCUUCACAUCCGCAAACUCCUCCUGACCUUGCCUAGGUCCGUCCUUAUCGUGAUGAGGUACCUCUUUGCCUUCCUCAAUCACCUUUCACAGUACAGCGAUGAGAACAUGAUGGACCCUUAUAACCUGGCCAUUUGUUUUGGCCCGACAUUGAUGCCCGUCCCAGAAAUACAGGAUCAAGUGUCUUGUCAGGCGCAUGUGAAUGAAAUUGUCAAAACCAUCAUCAUCCACCAUGAAACUAUUUUCCCGGAUGCUAAAGAGCUGGAUGGCCCUGUUUAUGAGAAAUGUAUGGCUGGGGAUGACUACUGUGACAGCCCAUACAGUGAGCACGGUACACUGGAGGAAGUGGAUCAGGAUGCUGGUACGGAGCCCCACACCAGUGAAGACGAAUGUGAGCCAAUAGAAGCGAUAGCCAAGUUUGACUACGUUGGGCGAUCCGCCAGAGAACUGUCCUUCAAGAAGGGCGCCUCCCUGCUGCUGUAUCACCGCGCGUCUGAGGACUGGUGGGAAGGAAGACACAACGGCAUUGAUGGGCUCGUGCCUCAUCAGUACAUAGUGGUGCAGGAUAUGGAUGAUACGUUUUCAGACACUCUGAGCCAGAAAGCUGACAGUGAGGCCAGCAGUGGGCCAGUCACUGAAGACAAGUCUUCAUCCAAGGACAUGAACUCCCCAACAGACCGUCACCCUGACGGCUAUUUAGCCAGACAGAGAAAAAGAGGAGAACCACCCCCUCCAGUAAGGCGUCCUGGCAGGACCAGUGAUGGCCAUUGUCCCCUCCACCCCCCACAUCCUCUUUCCAACUCUUCCGUUGACCUGGGGUCCCCAAACUUGGGCAGUCACCCCCGGGGCCUGCUGCAGAACCGUGGCCUCAACAAUGACAGUCCUGAGAGGAGACGCCGGCCCGGGCAUGGGAGCUUGACCAAUAUCAGCCGACACGACUCCCUCAAGAAGAUCGACAGUCCUCCUAUUAGAAGGUCCACAUCAUCAGGGCAAUACACAGGCUUCAAUGACCAUAAGCCAUUGGACCCAGAGACGAUCGCUCAGGAUAUUGAAGAGACGAUGAACACUGCUUUGAACGAACUCCGAGAACUGGAGAGACAGAGUACCGCAAAGCACGCCCCCGAUGUGGUGCUGGACACCUUGGAACAAGUGAAGAAUGCGCCCACCCCCGCCACGUCCACAGAGUCUCUCAGCCCUUUGCACAACGUUGCCUUCAGGAGCUCCGAGCCUCAGAUCCGACGCAGCACGAGCUCCUCCAGCGACACAAUGAGUACUUUCAAGCCUAUGGUGGCACCCAGGAUGGGUGUGCAGCUAAAGCCCCCAGCCCUUCGGCCAAAACCUGCCGUUCUUCCAAAAACAAACCCUACCGUGGGACCGGCCCCACCUUCCCAAGGUCCAACAGACAAGUCUUGCACGAUGUAAACUCCAGAUGAGCAAGGUCCUGUGGGGCGGUGAUUUAAGAAACAAAACAAAACAAAAAACGGAUCAUUGACAAAAGGCAGUGAUCCUUAACUUUCCUUAGUUUUGUGCUUAUAACUGGAGAUUUUUGGCUUUUCUAUGUUCUUGAAUGUAAUGUCGGAGACUAGCUAAAUUAACACGGGCAUUUGUAUUUUGUAAUUUUCUUCCUUUUUUCUUAGUAACUGGACAUAUGUCAUUUUAAAGACAAUAGAAACACUUAGAUUUACUUGAAAAUCCAAUGCUGCACCAUUUGUCACGAAGGCCACACCACUCUGCUCUCCGCGUCGUUCGGCGCUUCAGGUUUAGUGUAGCCUGGGUGAGUCGGAAAUGUCUGGAUCCAAAGGCACAAGCGUCUGAAGUCCCAGGCCGUGGAGUAUAACCAGUGUUGGUCUGUGGCGCUUGGGGGGAAUGGCUGGAAAGGGGUAAUGGCAUUGUUGGGUAGCUGACAGCGAGUACCUCUGAGUCCGUGCAGUGGGACGAGGUCCCACUCGUGCCCAGGCUUGCAGUUGUCACGGUGGGACGUGCCCGGUGGGUCUCUCAGCCCACUGCCUGAAUGAGUUGCAUGGUUGCCUCUUUCAUACGAGUCACUUCCCUGGGUCCGGAUUAAAAGCUCAGAGGAAGGGGUCGGACCCUCUGCAGUUACUUCUUGAGCGGAACCUAGAAAAGGGGAAAGCUAAUCCUCCAGAGCUAUCGAUGUGACUCCUUCCUCAAGCCUGGUCAGGCCCCCGAAGACUUCCAGGUCCGUCCCCUGCAUUCACAAAGGACUAGAACAGUCUAAUUGUAAAGACUUCCUGGUUACACUCCUCCACAAGUUCCUUCAGAGGUCUGUUACAAACUGCCUAGAAAAUACUUCCAGCUCCCCUAAACCCCUGUGUUCUCCUGUGGAAAUGGAGAACGCGGGCAGCACACAAGUCCUUGGUUCGCUCAGCCUUCUCUCCCGACUAAAUGACCUCGGUUCCUUUAAACCCGAUACAGAGGCUUGAUGAUCCUAAGGUGACUCCCCAGCUCUCCUCUCCCAUUGGCCUCUUUGAGCCAACCAAGAACUGGCUGUGGUACUGGAGUAAGAGCCAUGCUGGCCAAGGUCGGCGGGGGGGGGGGUGGGGGGGGGUGGGGGGGGGAGAGGGGGGUCACAUGGUUCCAGGAGGAGUUCCUUCCCAUUUUGCACCCUGGAACCAUGACUUUUUUCUUUUCUUUCCAGGUGGUCUCAACAUAACCCAGAUAGUCAGGUGAGCUCCGUAAGGUACCCUCUUUCUCUGACAUCCUGGCACAGAAACCAUUUUCUCUGUGUUUUCCCACUGUCUUAAAAAGGUUGCUUUGAAUUCAGCUGUUUUUACUAAGGUACAAAUCACCACUCCUGCCAGCAGCGGCUUAUAUCGUGUGUAAACCUAUGAGCAUGUUUUCUGCUCUGACCUUGAACGUAAUGAUAAAGAGAAUUUUUUUUUUAGAUAAAUGGGUGGCCCAGAACUAACCCCUCUCGACCACCAUUGAUUUCCUUCUAGCUUUGGUUUCAAACUGGAAGCCAUUUGCCUGCCCACCUAAGAGUUGCACAGUAUGGACUUGAAUCUGUUAGCCCGCUGGUGAAUGCCUCAGGCAGGAAAGAAUGAGGAUCUGUACUAAAAAAUCAAGAUCAUUCCUGGGAUCUCUCCCUCAGUUUGCCAGUCUAAUCGUUGUAAUGCAGAGAGAGAUUAAAUUAAUGACAUAGGGUUACCUUUCAAAGUCACACUUCUGAUUGCCAGCCAGUGGCCUAAUUUCACAAAUGGAUUGAAUCGAGAUUUUUUUCCCAAGUAUCCAGGUAUGGUAAGCUUUUAACUCUUUGAGGUUUCUGAAGCAUCCGUUUUGCCCAUUGUGAUAACGAUGCCCAGUUCAGCAUCUUCUCUACCCCGCUGCCAUUUCCCUUGAGCUUUAGUGGUCCUUCAUCAACUUUAGACACCAUGGAGACUCAGCCAGGAUUGAGCUCUGAGUAGCACUAACCGUUUUAAACAAUCUUCCCAAAUUCCUAGGAAAUUGAAACCUUGCUGAAUAACCUCCCAGUUCUUUCCAGAGUCCACUUGGGUUUCUAGUUCUCUGCUGCUAGAUGGGGAAACAGAAGCCGAGAAUAAAGGUGGAAGUAAUGGAGGAGGAGACUUUAAAUCUUUUAGAAAUUGAAAUGAAAAGGAUUGUUAAAAACGUUUUUUCCAUCGAUGGUGCAAGAGUAAGAUGUAAACAGAGGGUUUCAAAAGGGCAGAGGGGUGUCUUCUACAAGUUUUAACUUAGAUCUUACUCCUACAAGUUCAUGUCUUCAGAUUUCUCCCUGGCAGUCCUGCCCAGACUCUCCCCUCUUCAGUGUUUACACCGCUGAUGAAAUGAGGGUUGCCUUUCCAACCACCAAAUUAGGAUUCUGCUCCCUUAGGUGGCUGCUCUGGGGCCUCAGAGGCUGUGCCUUCUGGCAGGAAAUUUCUAAUGCUCCCCCAUCACUGCCUUACCCAUCUCUCUCUCUUCUCCCUAUACCCCUGUGACACCUUGAGGCCUUCUUUCUUUUUUUUUUUUUCCAGUCUUUUUUAUUUGUUCCAAUUCCCAUAGAAGGACAUGACCUCACAGGGAACAAGGAUUCACCUAUUCUUUCUUUGUUUUGGUAAAAGUCUUCGGAUUCCAGGGAGAAGACAAGGUGGCCACUUCACAGAGGAUCCAAAAUAACACCCUGAAAGCUCAUUAAAAGCUUCUGGUGCAUUUGCCUAGUGCAUGGCCUUCUCUACAGCCACACAUCUAGUGGGGAGGAGGAAGCAUGCAAAGGGUGGGGAGGAAAAGAAGAAUCCUUGAGAUGUUACACCCCCAGUUUCAAGGAUCAUAUUGUUCUUCGUGCACAGUUUGGCAAGGGGGUCAUUUUGAUGAUGGGCAGACGAUGGUUCUACAAAGAUGAUCAGACCCCACUUACGCAAGAAUAUAUAUUCACAGCUGAUAAAACUCUGUUCAUGUCCCAUCCAUAGAACUCACUAAGUAGGCUUACAAGUUGACCUUUUGGUUUGGGUCAGGGGUAUUGGGAAAGGACUGAUUGAUAAGAGAGAGAAAAGGUACUCCAUACACAUUUUCUGAUGCGUGUUCUGUAAAUUAUUUGAACCAGUCCAGUGGCCCUUUGCAGAGCUCUGUAUUCAUGUUCAGGGUCAGCGCUAUCGGUCAACCGUUUUGCACGUUUUCACACAACAUAAUCUGACUUUGGUGCCCCUUGAGCCAUCCAUAGAAUAAUUUAGAGCAGGCUCCCACUUAAUCUACUGCAGGAAGCAUGAAUAGCUCUCAGCGGAUGUAGAGCGAACGAGUCACAUUGUAUUAACCGAGUUUUCUUUGUACUCUUGCCAUUCCCAAAAUGGGCUUAUAAUUUAAGGAAAAGAUAAGAGUGGGAAGGAUUGUGGUCUCCCCAGCAUUUGGGAAUGACACGAGGUCUACAAAAUGAAGAAACUUUAAUGUGAUAAGUACAGCCUCUAAAAUUCAAAAAGCCCACACUGUAUGUUAAGCAACUGGAAUUUAAAAACUUAAAAAAAAAAAAAAAGUAAAGAGCCCAUAGGUCUAUUGAGGAUUUAGAAGACUUCAGAUUUGGGAUCGCAUUCAUUCUCGUCCUGACCACAGUAGUGAGACACCGUAAAAGCAGGAAAAGCACUCGGAUGAACCUUGCUCUGAGUUGCCCAUCGCUGAGGCCACAGUCCCGGAGCAACUUAGAUGCAAAGGCUCAUCCGUGUGUACAAUAGAGCUCCCUACUCCAGACAGUCCCCUGAGCUGAAAACCAAACCUCCAGCUGGGCUGAGGUGUCAGGCUUGGUGCAGGGUGACUUUGGCACCCCUUUAUUCAGAUCAGUAAAACAAACUGGAAAUUGAGAUUUCACUUACCCUAGUAUACUUUCUUUAAAAAAAAUAGUCUAUGUGGUAUAAUCGAGAUGGGUACCUGUAUCUUUAAAUUACAUAGGGACUUUUGUAUGUUUAAAUAAGUGUACCGGGUUCCAUAAUGCUUAUCUUAGAAACUGUUUAGUAAAAGAAAAUAUAUAAACCGUGCAUUUGUGAAUGCCCCCUUUAGAGCAUUCAUCCAAGUUCAGUGUGUAGUGUGAUGGUUAUUAUAGAUGUUUAAAGUAUAGUAAGUGGCUGUGUAACAGGAGAGACUGCUAAAAUUUACCUACGGAAUUAAGGGUAACUCCUGCCCACGUAAUUAAAUCAGUAUUGUCCUUUCCUGUCGGUUUGAUCAAUUGCAGUACUGGUAGCUUCCUGCUUGUGACUGUUACUAAUCGUGUCAAUGUACAUCUGUAGUAUGUACAUGUGAAAGUGCCUUUCUAUUUUAGAGGAGUUUUAGCCUUGCUCUUUACUGUCACCCCAUCCACCCCUCCACUCUUGCGUCUGGCCCCCCUGCCCCAAUUCCUAUCGCCCCGUCGAGCGCCCCGUCCACCCUUCCACUCCUGCUCCCGGCCCCCCUGCCCCAAUUCCUACUACCUAUCUGAGCGGAAACUUCCUCCACUCUCUCCCUGCUUCUCUGUGUCCCGUCCUGUGCCUCGGUGCUCAGUAUCGUCCGUCUUGCAUCCUUGUCCGUCAUCAGACUGUCUCGUUUUGCUGGUAGCCGUGACUGUGCCUUUCCCGUCCACAGUGUCCCUGUGUCCUCCCUCCCGCUGUCUCUCUAGCUGCUGCAGCCCACGUGUCACCUGUGAUCUGUGCUGCCUCCGUUACAGUUCCUCGGCUCUGAGGCGGAAAUUUGGGGGGAUGCUUUUACAGUUCUGGAAGAAAAGAAAUGUUUUGUUAAUCUGUUGUGACAAUGCACUUUUAUGUAUAGUACUGUACAUUUUGGCAUGUACCAUUCCAGGCUUCAAUAUACAGUCAGGUCUGUUCUUCAUGGUGUAUCUUUAUAAUAAAUAAGAUAGUUCUGGC